UUAUUAUGUCAGUCUCCUUUUUUUCCCUCUCAUGGGCGAUCUGUACUAGCAAAUGAAGCAUAAACAUGAUCAGACGACGGUUUGCGGGUUUGAGAUUCGUCAACAUGAUGUUCUCGAAGUCGAACUUGAAACCUCAAAAUCUCGCCGUCGCUUCGUGCACUUCCUCGUUUAUGUCGAAAUGAUUUCCGAAAUACGAAGUACGAAAUCAGACCCAAAGAUCACUCUGGAAGUCGUAAAGUACCUGAGUGUACAUGAUUUUCUCGAUCCCGCUCUUGGCAAAAAUCCUCAAAAUUACCGUCAUAUAGAUAGUAUAUCUGAAGAGGGUCGAGGAUUUCUUCUUGUGCCAGACGAAGUAGAUACCGACAUGGCCGAAAUCUCUGUCGGGGAUAUCAAGAACGUUAUUACACGUCAUGGUCAGCUUUCAAGGGCCCCGCAUCUGGUCUCAGGAUUACCGAUAGCAGGCUUUUGGUGUCGAUGGGUCCUUCAAGUAGAUCAACAUGUGCGAGAGCACAUUUAUCCUCUAAGAAAUACGAACAAGGCUGCACACCCUCCAAAGCCCACUUGCCCUCCUUCACUAGCAACCGGUGAUUUCUUUUGUGGUGCUGGUGGAUUUUCCGAAGGUUUCAACAAGGCAAAAUUUGACGUGGUUGUGGGGGUCGACAAAAACAUGCACGCCUACAACACAUGGAAAAUAAACCACCCUCAGGCAGAUGUGCAUUUCGCGACUGUGGAAACGUUUCUCUCAGAACUAAACAGAACCAAUAUAACAUGCCCUGAUCUUACAGUGGCCUUGUUAUCACCCCCUUGCCAGGGCUUUUCCGCAGCCAAUCCCGGUGGCAAAGAUGACAAUGUCAACCGUAAAGCGCUAUCAAUUUCAACACGCAUCUUGACUGCCACCAAUGCAUAUUACGGGUUGAUUGAGAAUGUUCCUGGGCUUUCUUUCCCCUUGCAUCUGCACCAUCUGCACGAGGUCAUGAUCAAUUGUAUGAAGGCAGGAUAUCAAAGUCGCUGGGCGAUCCUUAACGUAAAGGAGUAUGGCGUUCCUACCAUUCGCAAACGGCUAUUUCUGGUUGUCGCCAAACUAGGACUUACUAUGCCUGCUUUCCCUAAGUCUACGAUAUCUGAAACAGGACCAGUAACUCUACGUGAUGCGAUAGAGGACCUCGAUAUUUCUAACCCCCGAGAAGACGCUAAUUCGGGAAAUCCUGUUUUUAUGUGGACUCGAGAAAUGCUUACACCAUAUGCGGUGUCGAUGAAUGCUUCCGACAAGAUAGAACAUCAUGCUAUUUCCACCGCGUCUAUAGCAGGUUGGCCUGUUGCGAAGUGGGACGAGCCAGCAUGUACAAUUCGCACAUCAUGUAGCAAUCGUUGGGCAUGUGUGCACCCAGGAGGAGAAAGAUUGUUGUCUCCGCGGGAAUGCGCGAGGAUAAUGUCCUUCCCGGAUACAUACUUUAUAUCUGGUUCAGUGACGGAUCAAUACAGGCAAAUUGGUAACGCUGUUGCACCUAAAAUGGCGCAAGCUCUUGGAGAGGCUUUCAUGGAGGCCAUUCUAGCGGAUUUUCCUUCGCUUGAUACCGCUAAAAGACCUAGACAGGCUGCAUCGCGGAUCGGCGCCGGUUCCUCCACAAUUCUAGGCAAACACUCUCGUGAAGACGAAAACUCCAAAAACGGUAUGGGUCAUAAAAGGUGCCGCAAGUAAUAGACGGUGUGAUACUAUUCGACUGCUCGGCUAUUGUCAGCU